AUGGCAUCAGGCUACAUGAGAAGGAGGAAGCAGAGCUUCACCAACACUGUUUACAGUGCAAGUGGAGAGCUGCUGACCGUGACUGGGGAGUGGAAGGAACACUUUGAGGAUCUCCUCAAUCCCACCAUUAUGUCUUCUGAGGAGGAAGAGGACUUGGAGGCAGAUUCAACCAUCACCCUGUCUGAGUCACUGAGGUGGUUGUCAAGUUCCUCAGUGAUGCAGAACCUCUCCUCUGUGGGGCCGUGGCUGCAGGUGGAGGGCUUCCUUCUCUCUGGAGGCUGGUCCCUCGUGGCGCUGGUCUGCUUCCUGCUGCUGUUCCUUGUGGGGCUGAUGGCCAACGGUAGUAUUGCUAUGGCGAUAGCACGUGACCGAGCGCUGCACACACCCAUGUACCUGCUGUUUGUCCAACUUACCUUAAGCGACGUCAUGCUGAAUUUGGCAGUCAUGCCGCAGGUGCUGGUGGACCUGCUGCGCCCGCCAAAUCACCGGGUGGUGCACCUGUCGAUGUGCAUCCUGCAGGCAUUCCUGUUGCACUUCGGCAGUAUAUUGUCAUACACGAUCCUUAUGACCAUGGCGUUUGACCGUUACAUGGCGAUCUGUAACCCGCUUCGGUACACCACCAUCAUGAGCGGCCGCAUGUUAGUGCUGCUAACGGUUUUAGCAUGGGGCGGGGCUUUGCUGCUGGUGAGCAUCCUUAUUGGUCCAACGCUGCUCCUCAGUCGAUGUCGCUCAAUAAUCAAUGGGUUAUACUGUACGAACGCAUCCCUGUUCAAACUGUCAUGCGAAAACACUUUUCUCCAGAAUGUCUUGGGUCUGGUCAUCACUGCUGUGCUGCUCGGCGGCUCCAUCUGCAUCAUGCUCUUCACCUACCUCAGGAUCACUGUGGUCUGUGUGGGAAACCAGAGCUCCAAGCUGAACAAAAAAGCCCUACAGACCUGCUCCACACACCUGCUGGUGUUUUUACUGCUGCUGAUCUCUAGCCUCUCCGUUGUGGGGCUCCAGAGGGUCCAGGGGCUGGUGGAGGAGAGGAAGGUCAUUGCUAUGCUCAAAGACCUCCUACUUGCAGCUUUCAACCCGAUCAUCUACGGUCUACAGAGCAAGGAAGUGCGGCGCUACCUACUGUCCUGCAGCGGGAGCAGAACUCACACACAGUAA